AUGUUCAAGUUAGUACUUGUACUUCAAGUACUUGGGCUUUCCUUCUGCUCAGUUCGAGGAUGUAGAGAAGAUGAGAUCCAAUGCCCCUCUGGUCAUUGUAUCCUGGGGAAAGCUUGGUGUGAUGGUUAUAUUGACUGUCCUGGAGGAGAAGAUGAACGUGACUGCAAUCUAGGACCAUGUAGAACAGCAACAGACCAGUUUCAAUGCACAUCUGGCCACUGUAUCAUGAAGGCUGUUGUAUGUGAUAGAUAUCUUGAUUGCCCUGGAGGUGAUGAUGAAAAGGACUGUCAUUAUAAAGUUGUGAAUGUUUCAAGAAUAAUUUCCUGCAAGCAGACAGUGAAGACAUUUUCUUUCAGUCAACCUCUCAAAAAGGUGACUUGGAAUGCUGCUAAAAAAUAUUGUGAAAGUAAAGGGAGGAAAAUGGCCACUUUAAAAAAUCAGAAUGAACAGGAUCAAAUUGAACGAUUGAUGAUUACAAAUGGUUUGGCAAAUGAAAACGUUUGGCUUGGACUUUCAGACAUAAAGGAAGAAGGAUUUUUUAAAUGGGAAGAUGGAACAGACCUGAAGUACACAAAAUUUGAAAACUGGAAACCAGGGGAGCCAAACGAUUUUCAUUACUGGAGAAAAAAUCCAUUAAACCUUGAGCAUUGUGUGCAAGCCAAUGGGAAGGACAAUUUUUGGCCGGGAAGUAACAAGUUUCAAUGGAAUGAUAUGCCUUGUGAUCAGUCAAAUAAUAUCCCUGGGGACCAUUUAAGUUACAUUCUCUGUGAAAAUAUAGAAUGUGCAGAGUAAACUCAUAUACAUGAUUAAAGUUUUAUAAUGCAUUAUGUUGCACUGGACAGCAUACAUUUGUUUUAGUGUCAAUAAA